AUGAAAGCAUUAGCAAGACUCAUUGUGGGGCUUGUCAUCUUGGGCGCUGCUGUGACCGCCCCAACUCUAGAAUCCAUUAACUACGACUCAGAAAACUACGAUGCCACCUUAGAAGACCUGGAUCAUCUGUACAGCUACGAGAACAUCCCAGUGGGGCGAGCUGAGAUUGAAAUAGCAACAGUGAUGCCUUCCGGGAACAGAGAGCUCCUCACCCCGCCCCCACAGCCAGAGGAGCCUGAAGAGGAAGAGGAAGAGGAAUCUACCCCCAGGCUGAUCGAUGGUUCUUCCCCACAAGAGCCUGAAUUCACCGGGGUUCUGGGUCCACAGACCAAUGAAGACUUUCCAACCUGCCUUCUGUGUACUUGUAUAAGUACCACCGUAUACUGUGAUGACCACGAACUUGAUGCUAUUCCUCCGCUGCCCAAGAACACAGCUUAUUUCUAUUCCCGUUUUAACAGAAUUAAAAAGAUCAACAAAAAUGAUUUUGCAAGCCUAAAUGAUCUAAGAAGGAUUGAUCUGACAUCAAACUUAAUAUCUGAGAUUGAUGAAGAUGCAUUCAGAAAGCUGCCUCAACUCCGAGAGCUUGUCCUGCGUGACAACAAAAUUAGGCAGCUCCCAGAAUUGCCAACCACUUUGAGAUUUAUUGACAUCAGCAACAAUAGACUUGGAAGGAAAGGAAUAAAGCAAGAAGCAUUUAAAGAUAUGUAUGAUCUCCAUCAUCUCUACCUCACGGAUAACAACUUGGACCACAUCCCGCUACCACUCCCGGAAAAUCUGCGGGCCCUUCACCUCCAGAAUAACAACAUUCUGGAGAUGCAUGAAGAUACCUUCUGCAAUGUUAAAAAUUUGACUUAUAUUCGUAAGGCAUUAGAGGAUAUUCGACUGGAUGGAAACCCUAUCAAUCUCAGCAAAACUCCUCAAGCUUACAUGUGCCUACCUCGUUUGCCUAUUGGGAGUCUUGUCUGAUUUCAGAUAAUGGUUAACAUUAUGAUGCCUCCUAUAACAAAAUGAUUCUUCCUGCUCUCUUCAAAAAGAAACCUCAGCAUGAUACUUUCAAAAUAUGUUCUGGAAGAUGAUAUAAGUACAUAAAAUACAGCUAAAAGUUUUAAUAUAUGAUAGCAAUGUAGUAGUCUAAGAAAACACCAGAUGAAUCAGAAAUAAACCAAAAAUGUACAGAAAUAGGAGACUAAGAGAAAAUAUUUCAUAGAUAUUCUUAUAAAUCACAUGUAAUUUUCAAGUUUUAGGAAUUCAUAUCCUAUAUAAUUUUAAAGUAAUCAUAAUAAAAAUUAAAAAUUAACAAUGUAGGUAUAUUGCCAAGAUUUAAAUGUUUUAAUUAAACUUUUCCUUUUUUUUU